AUGGCGUGUUCCUUUCCGACCAACCAAGCCAUCGUCGUGGGUGGCGGAUUGGGAGGAAUGUCCGCUGCCAACACCGUUGUUGAGCACGGAGGCCGUGUCGUCCUCCUGGACAAAUCGUCAUUUUGCGGUGGCAACAGCACCAAGGCAACCUCCGGCAUCAACGGUGCAGGCACGAAGACCCAGAAAGCCAAAGGCAUUCCUGACAACGCGGAGAUCUUCACACAGGACACCCUGAAGGGCGGCGCAAAGAAACCCGAGCUGGCUAAGCUCUUGUGCGUGAACAGCGCGGAAGACGUGGACUGGCUCGUGGAGAAGUUCAACUUGGACCUCUCUUUGGUCGCGCGCCUGGGUGGCCACUCGCAGCCCCGGACGCACCGAGGGAAGGAACGAUUCCCGGGCAUCUGGGCUCAUUGCACAGAGUUUUUCGUUGUAGCGGCUUUCUAUUUUUCGAUCAUUCUCUGGAAUUCCAAAAGGUUUCCUUUUGCAUUUUGGUGUGUGUCCAAAAUAGCUAAUGUUUGGCAGGCAGGUUUAUAUUUCGUACAUGGUGAGUCGGCUGGUGUGACCCUUAGGCUCUGCUCACAGGCUUACAGGAUCAGGGAACUCAGGGUUCAGGGCUUUGGGGCUCCAGGCUUUGGCUUAGACUUUUAG